AUGUUGGACCUCAAUGGCACCCCCUUCCAGCCAGCCACACUCCAGCUGACAGGCAUUCCUGGGAUGCAGACAGGGCAAGGCUGGGUUGCCCUGUUUUUCUGCAUUCUCUACCUGAUCUCCAUCACAGGCAACCUCAGUAUCCUUGCUCUGGUGAUCCGGGAGUCUGCUCUGCACCAGCCCAUGUACUACUUCCUCUCUAUGCUCUCUCUCAAUGACUUGGGAGUCUCCUUCUCUACCCUGCCCACCGUGCUCGGCACCUUCUGCUUCAACUACCGCCAUGUUGGCUUCGAUGCCUGCUUAGUUCAGAUGUUUUUCAUUCACACGUUCUCCUUCAUGGAGUCUGGCAUCCUGCUGGCCAUGAGCUUUGACCGUUUUGUGGCUAUCUGUGACCCGCUGCAUUAUGCCACUGUGCUCACCAAUAGACGCAUCUUGACCAUGGGCCUGGGCAUCCUUGCCAAGAGUUUUACCACCCUCUUCCCUUUCCCCUUUCUGGUGAAACGACUGCCUUUCUGCAAGGGGAAUGUUCUGCAUCACUCAUACUGCCUCCAUCCAGAUCUCAUGAAAGUGGCCUGUGGAGAUGUCCACGUUAACAACAUCUACGGGCUCUUUGUGGUCAUUUUCACAUACGGCAUUGACUCCACAUUCAUCCUGCUUUCUUAUGCACUCAUCUUGAGAGCUGUGCUAGCCAUUGCAUCCCGGGAGCAGAGACUCAAGGCGCUCAACACAUGCAUGUCACACAUCUGUGCAGUGCUGGCCUUUUAUGUGCCCAUUAUUGCGGUCUCCAUGAUCCAUCGAUUCUGGAAAAGGGCUCCACCCGCUGUUCAUGUUAUGAUGUCGAAUGUGUACCUAUUUGUGCCCCCCAUGCUCAACCCCAUCAUCUACAGUGUGAAGACAAAAGAGAUCCGCAGAGGAAUCCUCAAGGUCUUCAGUAAGUCACAGCGAUGA